GAUGUGGCCUCUGGCUAUUUCGCUAUAGCACCAGAAUACGUGCCGGGCGGCGUCAACGGCAAGCCGCCAGAACGGACAACUCCUGCAACAGGUGCAGUAACAGCUAUGGAAAGCCCAAGCGUAUACCAGUCGAUGUAUCGGAGCAUCUUCGAUAGAAAUAAGACUGCAAGUCCCACCUUCAGUCCAUCGCAAGGGAAGAACAGGAAGACGCGGAAUGUCUUCUACAUUGUUCUGAGGCAUCGGGCUAACAUCAACAGGCUCGGCCACCUCAUGCUAUAUGACGAUUCCGAACAAGUCGAGGUUCGCCAUGUGAUUUCGCUCGCACACUAUUCCGUGUCUAUAUAUGCCGGUGGCGAAGACAUACCCGAGGGAGAGCUGUGGAUCAAGCGCAACUGCAUCCUUCUCGCACCAAAAGACUCGCCCGGUGGUUCAAAAUCGUACUAUCUUUUUUCCGACAAUUGUUCUGAGAAGGAAGACUUCUACCAUGCCAUGUUACGCAGCCAAGAGAAUGACUUAGAGUCAGCGUCAGGCCCGCCACCUCCGCUAAAGUUCAACUCUGCAGAUCUGAUCAAGCUCGUUCAACAACUUCAUGCAUCUGAGGAGAACUUUAACACUCGCUGGAUCAAUGCAUUGAUAGGAAGAUUGUUCUUGGCAAUGUACAAAACCAAGCAUAUCGAGAACUUCAUUUGGACCAAAGUUACUAAGAAGAUAGACCGAGUCCAAAAGCCAAGCUUGAUCAGCAGCGUAAAAGUACAGAAGCUGGAUAUGGGAACAAUGCCGCCAUUCAUCACUAAUCCCAAGCUGAAGGAGUUGACUGUUGACGGUGAUCUGACCGUUGAAGCUGACGUCAGCUACAAAGGCAACUUCCGUAUCGACAUAUCCGCAGUGGCAAGAAUAGAGCUUGGUUCUCGCUUCAAACCUAGAGAGGUUACCAUUGUCCUCGCAACAAUCCUGAAAAGCCUAGAAGGUCGCGUGUUGAUCCGCAUCAAACCUCCGCCGAGCAACAGAUUAUGGGUCACCUUUGAAGUCCCGCCCAAGAUGGACGUGUCCGUGGAGCCUAUUGUUAGUUCGCGCCAAAUCACAUAUGGAGUCAUUCUCCGCGCAAUCGAAAGCCGGAUACGAGAAGUAGUCAAUGAAACUCUUGUGCUUCCGAAUUGGGAUGACAUCCCAUUUUUCGCUACGGAAACGAACCAGUACCGAGGUGGCAUCUGGAAGGACGAG